UCUCUUCUUCUUCCUUCAAUAUGGCUGCCGCAGUAGUCACUGGGAUAAUCGUAGCGCUUGUUGCAAUGUUGUUCAAUUUCUCCAUCCAUAAAAUUGAUGAAGGUCAUGUUGGAGUUUAUUAUCGGGGUGGUGCAUUGCUAUCAUCAACCAGUGGACCAGGAUAUCACAUUAUGAUUCCAUUCCUAACAUCAUUCCGCUCAGUACAGACUACAUUGCAGACUGAUGAAGUCAAAAAUGUUCCUUGUGGAACAAGUGGCGGAGUUGUCAUCUACUUUGAUCGUAUUGAAGUUGUAAAUAUUCUUGAAGCUUCAUCAGUAUUUGAUAUUGUCAGAAACUACACAGCAGAUUAUGAUAAAGCACUGAUAUUCAACAAGAUACAUCAUGAACUGAACCAGUUUUGCAGUGCACACACCCUCCAAGAAGUUUACAUAGAUCUCUUUGAUCAAAUUGACGAGAAUCUGCGUACUGCUCUGCAGUUAGAUCUGCUGGCCAUGGCACCUGGUUUAAGAGUUCAAGCUGUGAGAGUUACCAAGCCAAAGAUACCUGAGAGCAUAAGGCGUAACUAUGAAGCAAUGGAAGGGGAGAAGACUAAACUGUUAAUUGCCCAACAAAGACAAAGAGUGGUUGAGAAAGAGGCAGAGACAGAGCGCAAGAAAGCUGUUAUAGAGGCUGAGAAGGCUGCUCAGGUGUCCAAGAUUCAGUUUGAUCAGAAAAUAAUGGAAAAGGAGAGUCUUAGGAAGAUGUCAGAGAUCGAGGAUGGUGCCCAUUUGGCUCGCAUGAAGGCAAGAGCUGAUGCGGAAUACUACACUGCAGUUAAACUUGCAGAGGCCAAUAAGCUCAAACUCACACCCGAGUACCUGGAGCAGAUGAAAUUCAAUUCCAUUGCAUCAAAUACAAAGAUAUUCUUUGGUCCCAACAUCCCGAGCAUAUUCCUUGACAGUAAAGUACUAAGUCAAUCUUCAAGUUUAGAAUCUGCUACCAAAGAUCAAAAGAGCACGGAAGACAGCAUUGAAUUCGAAGAAAAAUCGUAAAUAGUUGAAGGGAGGCACUCUGUUAUAGAGACUUGAAGAAGUCGUUGGAUAUGGUAAUAGAAUCAGUCUUUGCGUUGCAUUUAGUCUGUGUUGGUACUUGCGUGAGUGGAUGGACCUCUUUCGUAUCGUAAUAAUUGCUGGAGAACGUUUCAUUCAAUCUGUGUUGGUACUUUCGUAAAUGGAUGGACCUGUUUCGUAUCGUGAUGAAUUGCUGGAGAACGUUUCAUUUAAUCUGUGUUGGCACUUUCGUAAAUGGAUGGACCUGUUUUGUAUCGUAGUGAUUGCUGGAGAACGUUGCACUCAAUCAGAACUGGUGCUUUCGUAUUUAAACGGACCAGUUUGGUUUAGCUUUUACCGAACUCACCAUCGUCACAAGAAUUUCAGAUACAAGCCAAGGAUUUGUAGAACCAAGCAGCUUUUUCAGGUUCAUGCAUACCAAUUUGAAAUGCGAACAUGAAGUGAAGCCUUGAGACUGCAAGAUUUUAAACAAUUCCGGCGAGUUGUGUUCACUCCAGCAAGUGUUCACUGGCAACUAACAAGUGCACGUUCAUAUGAACUUGAUGGUGUAGAAUUCCUCUUGAAUCCUUUAUGAUGUACUUAACAUGUAAAUUCUAACUCAUCAAUAUUUGCAAGUGUCCUCACCUGUCUUAAGUUUUCACCUGGUCUAGUCCUCAUUUUAAAAAAAAUGGAAUCCUAGCGCUCCAGUCUUAUUUGUCCUAGAUUCUAAAAAUACGCAAUGUAGGAUAAAGAUUAAAACAUUUGUGGGGAAGUUAUGAUAAAACAAUACAGGUUAUAUUGCGGGUAUAAAUGUGUUUUGGGUCCAACUAAGAGUCAUGCAUACCCAAGCUGCAAGGUGAGGGUUGAAAUAAGCUCUGAGAGCCGGAGGCCCAAAACAUAUUUAUGCCAAAGAACGUAACUGUUUUACUACUAUUAUGUUUUUCGGAGAACAUUGAGAAAAUAAAAACUGAAAAAAUGACAACAUAACAAUCUGAA